UUGCCUCAGAAUGUAAAAAAAUUGGUACAAGGCAGGUACCACCGUUUUUUGCAAUUAAACUUACCACCACCACAUAAUUGACGGCACGUUUCACAUAUUGGUAAAAACGUUACUAAUGUUUGGUUGACAGUCGGUGAUUCGUAUUUCAAUUUGUCGGCACAAACAACUUAAAGAGAAGAAACGUUAGCUACCUACAGUAAAAUGAGGAGCAACUCGUCCACCUCAAUGGCUCAGACUCUCAGCUUCGGGUCUGCCCAUCAAAGCUGACACAUGGACUGUUGGACUCAGCUGUCGAGCAGCUAAUGGUUCGGGGGGAUUUCCAAGCUGCUUUCGACACACGUGAGAGAGGUCUGGAGAGCCUUUUAAACGCAGAGCAAAAAAUCAACAGGUGGGUACUAAUUCUUAGAAUGUGCUCACCUUUCAUGACAUGGUCCUUGUUGCAUUGCAUUAUUGGACUAAACCGUUGUCCAGCUGACUUUCAGGUAUGGGGAGAUGAAGGGUGCACUCAGCAUUGUGGGGAUUCAAGCAAUGGCUGAACUCAAUCAGUGGCCUGGUGCACUGGCAUGGAUUCUGCAGCAUUAUGAGUGCCCUGAGAAAAUACCUGCCAAAAUAAUGCAGAUGUGCAUGCUCUUCUACACCAAAGUGGGUGGUGAGCAAGCUAUGAUGCAGGAGGCAGGCAAUGUUUGGCUGUGCUGCCCAUCCAAUGGGAGGUUGGCAGGAUCUGGGACUGUAGCAGAGCUGUAUUUACUGCAUAUUCUAGUGCCUUUAGGUCAUAUGACAGAGGAACGGGAGUUGGUUUUUGGUGAGGUCGGAGGUAUUGCAUUCACAGAGGACCAGAAACAAGCAGCACUGGAUAUCGUGGAGAAUAAAGAGAACCUCAGCCAAGAACAAUCCCCAAGCCCUAGUCCCAACCCCAGUCCUGUGGUGGUGGCUGCUGGACUUAACACACCUCAAGGUGCUGUGAUUCAGAAACUUGAGGCCUUGCUUAGACUUUUGAACAGAGGAAUAUCUGUAGCCAGUGCUGGGUCAUUCCUUAUUCGGAGAGUCUUUCUGGCUGUGGUCCUUCUCUACAUGCUUUUUGUCCGGAUGGAUCCAGCUCAUCCCUCAUCUUUCCCCUGGAUCUCACAGCUGCUGCAGAUGCUGAAGCAGAUGUGGGACGCCACGUUUGCUCCUUACUAUCGAGCCUGAUCUCAGAGCUAACUGUAAAACCAUACAGCCUGGUGCUGGGAUAUCAGGUUUAAAUUUGACUGAUACCGAAGAGCUCACCAUUGACCCUCUAAUCAUGUAAAAAUUAAUAAGUGACUGAGAUAAAUAGAGAAAUUCAGGGGGACUUUUGUUGGCAAAAACAACGUGAAUACCUGUGAAGGCAGAAUGUGAAAAACAUGGAUACCUGUGAAGGCAGAAUGUGUAAGUAAUAGGCAGAAUUAAUUUCCCUGGUGUUGCAGAUUCAGUUGCUCCCAUAUACACUGCUCAAAAAAAUAAAGGGAACACUUAAACAACACAAUGUAACUCCAAGUCAAUCACACUUCUGUGAAAUCAAACUGUCCACUUAGGCAGCAACACUGAUUGACAAUAAAUGUCACAUGCUGUUGUGCAAAUGGAAUAGACAAAAGGUGGAAAUUAUAGGCAAUUAGCAAGACACCCCCAAUAAAGGAGUGAUUCUGCAGGUGGUGACCACAGACCACUUCUCAGUUCCCAUGCUUCCUGGCUGAUGUUUUGGUCACUUUUGAAUGCUGGCGGUGCUUUCACUCUAGUGGUAGCAUGAGACGGAGUUUACAACCCACACAAGUGGCUCAGGUAGUGCAGCUCAUCCAGGAUGGCACAUCAAUGCGAGCUGUGGCAAGAAGGUUUGCUGUGUCUGUCAGCGUAGUGUCCAGAGCAUGGAGGCGCUACCAGGAGACAGGCCAGUACAUCAGGAGACGUGGAGGAGGCCGUAGGAGGGCAACAACCCAGCAGCAGGACCGCUACCUCCGCCUUUGUGCAAGGAGGUGCACUGCCAGAGCCCUGCAAAAUGACCUCCAGC